CGGAGCCUCCAAGCAGUCUCUUGGCAACCGGAUCUGGCCGCCAAACCGCCAAAGCUUGUGGCGCGAUGUCCUCUGGGAACUGUAGUAUAGUUGGAGGGGCCUUUUAGGAGUCUCGUGACUGCAGACUCACGGGCUGCGGACUACAACUCCCGACGUCCACCAUGAGGGCCACUGGGUGGGAAGGGCCCCCCGCGAGCUCUGUCCGGGGUUCCAUGCUCCCCAAUGACAGCAGCGGCAGCAAGCAGGCGGGCGCUUCUCCGGCGCCAGGGCCUCCUGUUCCCCGAGGGGCGACACUGGACACUUCCCCACGUGACUCCCAUCCCUUGGUCCCAGGUCUGUGCAUGGCGAAGUCUCCGGAGAACUCUACCCUGGAGGAGAUUCUGGGGCAGUAUCAACGGAGUCUCCGGGAGCGUGCGAAUAGAAGCAUUCACCAGCUACAGAGCGCCCUAAGAGAAGGCGACGGUGGUGUUGGAGAAGGCGCACCAGACGCCCCGUGUGGCACCGGCGUGGAAAGUGAGGACCCUGGGGCAGCCUGGCAGGAGCUGCAGUACAGCCAUGCCGUCAAUCAGCUCAAAGCUCUGUUGCGCCAACAGGCAGCUAAGGAAAGUGAGGUGUCUCCAUCGAGAAGGCGAAAUGCGUCCCCUCUGAGGUCAUCAGAGUCGGAGGAAGCCAAUAUGCCUACUGUAUACAAUCUCGUUCCCAUCGUCAAUGACCAGUCUCAAUACAUUCAUCAUUUAGAGGCAGAAGUCAAGUUCUGCAAGGAGGAACUCUCUGGAAUGAAAAAUAGGGUUCAAGUAGUUGUGCUUGAAAAUGAAAGGCUCCAACAAGAGCUGAAAUCUCAGAGACAAGAGGAAGCAAUGAGGGAACAAACACUUCUGGAUGCAUCUGGAAACCUGCAGAAUUCUUGGAUUACAACAGGCGACGGCUCUGGGAUGAAUGAAGGUGCCAAGAGGCGACUCUCCCAGGGCAAUGCAGAUGCAGUCAAAGGUCCAUCGGCUGGUGAGGCUGACAAAUGGAAGCUAGAGCUGGAGAAGCUAAAACUUACUUAUGAAGAAAAGGGUGAGAUCCUGGAAUCGCAAUUGAAAAUCUUGAGGAAAGACCUAGCUGAAUAUCAGAAAAAUUGUGAAGAUCUUAAAGAGCGACUAAAGCAUAAAGAGUCUCUUCUCGCUGCUAAUAUGUCUAACCGUGUGGGUGGCCUUUGUUUGAAAUGUGCUCAGCACGAAGCUGUUCUCUCCCAAACCCAUAGUAACGUUCACGUGCAGACUAUUGAGAGACUGACCAAGGAAAGGGAUGACUUAAUGUCUGCGCUGGUCUCCGUCAGGAGCAGCUUGACAGAUGUGCAACAGAGAGAAGCCGGGGCUUAUGAGCAGGUGAAACAAGCCAUGCACAUGACCGAGGAGGCCAACUUCGAGAAAACCAAGGUUUUAAUCCAGUGUGAGCAGUUGAAGAAUGAACUGGAAAGGCAGACAGAGCGACUGGAAAAAGAACUCGUGUCUCAGCAAGAGAAAAGGGCCUUUGAGAAGGAGACAAUGAGAAGAGAAAUAACAAAGGAACGGGAGGACCUGGGAUCAAAGAUGUUGUCCCUGUCUCAAAACAUUGCCCAACUGGAGGCCCAGGUUGAAAAGGUUACAAGAGAGAAGAUUUCAGCUAUUAAUCAGCUUGAGGAAGUUCAAAACCAGCUUGCUUCCAAAGAAAUGGAUGUCACAAAGGUGUGUGGGGAAAUGCGCUAUCAGUUGAAUAGAACCAAAAUGGAGAAGGAUGAAGCGGAAAAGGAACACAGAGAGUACAGAACAAAAACUAAAAGGGAUCUUGAAAUUAAAGAUGAGGAGCCCAUGGGCACAUUAUCCUUCCCGUCAACUCCUUUGUAUCUCUUCAGCGGAGAGCGCUCCUGCCCGUCUGAGAGAACGCUUCUCGCACAAAAAAAAAAAAAAAAAGAAAAGAAAAAAAAAAGAAAAAGAAAAAGAAAAAAGAAAAAAAAAAAGAAGACAUUUGGUAUGGAGGAGAAUGAAAAAUCUGUGCCCCAGUUUUUCUUUGAAAUUUUUCUGUAGGCAACAGGUACACACACACAUACACACACGGAGUCCAUUAUGGGAGUUGAAAACAUAUUAAAAAAAUGUCAUAAUGAGUUCCCACACAUCCGUCACCUAGGUUCAUCAUUUUGCCAGUCCUGUUCUAGCUCACAUGCUUUCUCUCCUCCUUCCUCUUCUCUGUCACUGUCUGUUUCUCCGUCUUCUCUUCCACAGCCUGUUCAUCUGUCUCCUUCUUCUGUUGCUCCUUUUGCUGAAGCGUUUGAGGCAGAUCUCAGACAUGAUGUUAUUUCACCCGUGAACCCCUCAGCCUGUGUCUCUGGAGGAUUUUUUUUUUUUUUUUGUAAUCGCUAUGUCGCUGUCACCCCUGACAAUACUAACAAUACUUCUUUAAAAUCUCGUCCUGCCCGGCCCGUACUCAGGCUUAUGCUGACCAUCUCCGUGGUGCCCCUUUCACAGCUGGUUUAUCCAAACUCGACACGCGGGUGUGUUUUGUAUGUCAGAAUGUUACGGGUUGAUCUUCUUGAAUAGGGCAUAAGAGGAUAUCCCAGCAAAAUUUCAACUUUAUUAUCUGUUGGUGUCCUAUUAAGUUUCGUACAUACGUGUUGGCUGGGCCUUAUACAAGGUGACUCGUCCGUCGUCGUUCUGAAGAAAUAAGAAUUCCUCCUCCAGCAGCUGCGUGAGGGAGGGGCCCCAUGCGGCAGCCCCGGUCAGCAGAUCCCAUUAGAGUCGGAAACCCACAGUUCAUGAUUAACUUCCGAGCCUUACGUUUAAGGUUGGGGAAUGCUGGGGAAGCCCUCUUACAUAGCGCUGCCUAAGUGGAAGUUUCCUUGUCACCUUCCCUUCUAGUACAUGAAUCUCAGAAAGUGAUUCUUGAGAGCACAAAGGGUUGAGCAGGGCAUCCUGUAAAAGGAAAAUGCAGGGGCCUGUGUCCAAAAUGCAGGAAGAACGUGCUGCUAGAGGUAUUACAAUGUAAAACAUUGUCCUUUCUUCUAGAAUGUCUCUCUCUGUCUCUCCCUCCCUUCCCUUUUCUCUCUCCCUCUUGCCCAGUAUUUGCUGUUUGACUUCAGACCACGUCCCGCACAGGCAUGCUCGUGGGGCCCGGUGGGCCUGGUGGGGCCCGGGUCAGGAAGGGCAGAGACUCCGUGCUGGAUCUCCCGAGCGUGCAGCAGUGAUGGCAGCUGGAGGCAGGGAUGGUCACCCCCGUGUCCUGGGCUGUCUGUCAGGGGUGACACACUCAACCUAAUCUUCCCCAGGCUCACAUCCGGGCUCCUCCCAGAGGCAGAGGGCAACAGCAGAACAGAACCCGUCCCUCCCCGCCCUCACACUGCCAAGACCUGGUUCUACCCGAGGCAGAGGGCGGCCAGAUCCCCAGGGCUGGGCCAGAAGAGGCAGCGGCAGGGGACGGUGUCUGAGUCUCGGGGCUGCUGGGAGGUGGUGAAGAGAGAAGACCACAGCUAUGAAGGCGUUGGGGGGGGGUGUCCCACUGGCCCAUCAGACAUCUCUGACAAAGCACACAGGCCAAUAAUCAAUCAUUACAGAUGUCAAGAUGUCGACCACAGAGCAGUAGACAGCAGAGCCCAGCACCCUUCUAAACACGGAGCUCUGGACGACUGCCCCGGCCACACGCCCGCGAUGCUGCCAAGGCCAUGGGGAUGGGCAGGCGCUGCAGGUAGAUACACACCCACUUACACAUAUGGUUGUGCACGAGUGUUUACCACGCCCAUAUGCCCCACACCCAUAAGAGGGGGCUGCCCAACUGCACCUCAGGGGCCGGUCUGACCCGCUGCCUGCUUUUACGAAUAAAGCUGUGUUAGAACCCAGCCCCUUCUGUUCACGCAUGAGCUGUCGAUGGCUGCUUCCCUCCGCACAGUCGAGCUGUGGUAGUGACCCCAUCCCCGUAGCCCAGUGACUGCAGUAUUUACUGUCUGAGCUUUUGUAGAAGUUUGUCUCCCCUGCCCCGGGUACAGAAAUAGAACUAGAUGGCUUGAGGUUCUCGUGCCUUACUGGAAGGCGGGGCUCUUUGAGUUUGGAGACUCAUCAGUCUCAGGUGGUAACUUAAUGGUUUCAGAGUAUUUUGCAGUAUGGGGCACGGCCUCACCCCUGGUCUCUUAGCCGUAGCAUUGCCACGUGAGUGUGCGGCAGGUUAGAGUGUCGUUACCGUAGUCGUGGCCUAUGGCUUAGUAAUGGCUUAGAUGAAAGGGGCUCCUGGGUGGCUCAGUCGGCUAAGUGUCUGCCUUCGGCUCAGGUCAUGACUGCAUGGUCCUGGGAUCCAGCCCUGUGUCAGGCUCCCUGCUCAGCAGGAAGCCUGCUCUCCACGCCCCUGCCCUGCCGCUCGUGCUCCCUCACCCUCUCUGUCUCACUCUCAA